CUGUUUCUCAUUCUUUGGAGUUUCAUUUGUAAUGUGUGGAUUAUUCUGGUACCUGAGGAGGCGUCAGUUGAAAUAUGCCGGUGACAAGAAUUUCAUGGAGAAUGGGGGACUUGAUAUGCAGGAACGCAUAGCUUCCAUGGGGGGAAGAGAGCUCAUCAGAAUGUUUUCAGAAACAGAGUUAAAAAUAGCCUCCAACAAUUAUUCAGUAGAGUUACGAAAAGGCGGCUUUGCAACCGUGUACAAAGGAGUUCUCCCAGAUGGCAUGCCAGUGGCGAUCAAAAAGCCUAAAGCAUUUUCCUCUGACUUUAUUAACGAAAUUGUGAUUUUAUCCCACAUCAAUCACAGAAAUGUUGUAAAAUUGAUUGGUUGUUGUCUCCGUACUCAGCUUCCAUUGCUUGUCUACGAAUUUGUGCCAAAUGGAACACUCUCUCAGCAUUUACACUCACCAGAAAGGCACUUGCCCUGGGAAAGAAGGCGGCAGAUUGCCAUAGAGACAGCAGAGGGUAUAGCAUAUGUGCAUCGUGAGGCCUCUCAGCCCAUUUUCCAUCGCGACAUAAAAUCAUCAAACAUUCUUCUGGAUGACACAUUUACUUCAAAAGUGGCAGACUUCGGUAUUUCUCGUCUGCGACCUUCUGAUGAAAUGCUUCUCAGCACCAUGUUUCCCUCAGGCACGCCUGGUUAUGUGGAUUCCGAGUUCAUAAGAAGCAACCAGUUUACUGAGAAGAGUGAUGUUUUUAGCUUUGGUGUAGUUCUGGCGGAGCUUCUUACUGGUCUUAAACCUGUAUUGUCUCGACAUGGUGAGAAGUACUUUUUAUAUGACCAUUUCCUAUCUGCAAUUAAUGAUGGCUGCUUAACAAAUAUUUUAGAUCCCAAAAUAGUGGAUGAGGAAAAUCAAGGGCAGAUGGAGAAUAUGGCGAAACUUGCAAAGGCAUGUUUGCACGAGGAAGGAAUAGAAAGGCCGUCGAUGAGAGAGGUAGUGGAUGAGCUUGUUUGGAUAAGAGCAGCUACAAAACAGGCAAGACAUUUAAAUAUGGAUGCUACUCUCCCUGCGCAGAAAGCUAUUUCCACACAGGCAACUCUCCAGCAUUACAGCGGCAAAGUCGUUGAUGAGACUACUUCAUGGGAUUAUCAUAGUUCUCUCACUCAUAUUGUUUCUGAGGACCCUUCUAGUUCGUUGAUUCAGAUGUCAGAUGCUCAUGGAAGAUAAUCAAGAGAACACAACAUUAAGAAACCCAUUCCUAGAGUUUUCAUAUUUUCUAGAAUAGGGUAUCUAUUGAAUUUGAAAUUGGUAUCUAUUGUAUACGGGUGAGAUUUUAGAAUCAGACAUCCGUUUUUA